CAUCCAGCAACUCUCCCAACUGUGCCAGAGGAGGAGGGAGAAGCUGAAGAACUCGCUUCUCUCCUUUGGUUCUGUGGUCUUGACUUGUUGACAUGAGCUGUUCGCACGAAGAGAAUGAAGCAGGGCAAGAGAACAGGCUGCCUGCAGGCACGUGGUGGGUUGCUCCUCGCGUUGCUGGCGGUUGCAGUGUGCUGGAUGCCGUUCAAGAUCAGCAGCGUUGUUGGAGAGGUGACCAUGGUGGAGGAUGAUGCGGGCGCGCUUCACAUCAACACCAGCGAUCCAGCGAGCCAACCCGUGUUUGUGAACGGAAUGAAUGUGGAUGCGCUGUUCGAGAUGGUCACAGCGCAGCAGAGCAUGCUGCAGGAGCACCAGCAAAACGUGCAGGCACAGCACAGUAUGAUUGCCAAGCGGCAGGACGUGAUCAGCUUGAACCAAGCAAGGAUCGACGCGCUGAGAGCUGAGGUGUGCAGUGCCAGCGCAGAUACCUUCGGACAACUCAGCUCAAGCAACAACAAGUGGGUGGGCGGCGUGCUUGGCAGCAACGGCUUGAUCUAUGCCGUUCCGUUCAAUGCGGACUCCGUUCUCAUCAUCGACCCGAGUACGCACACAGUGGACACGACCACCAUCUCUGGGCUUGGGACAGACACCAACAAGUGGGCCGGUGCAGUUGUGGCCCACACUGGUCUCGUCUACAUGUUCCCGUCAAGCAGGGCAAGCAUGCUCAUCAUCGACCCCAACACGAACAUAUCUGACACGACAAGCAUUGCGUCGCUUGGCUCUGGAGCCGAUAAGUGGUGGAGUGGUAUCGCGGCCGACAACGGCCUCAUCUUUGGCAUCCCCAGCAGAGGCGAUUCUGUGCUGAUCGUCGACCCAAGUACCAAGACUGCUGAUGCCACCACGCUACGUGUAGUCGGCACACAAAUUAAGUGGUACAGUGGCGUGCAAUUGCCCAACGGCCUUAUCUACUGUAUGCCCGUGUACUUAUCGUCGAUCCUGGUCAUCAACCCCGCGACCCUCACCAUCCAAAUAGUCAGUGCAGAGAGAAGUAGCGGAGGUUACGGUGGUGUGCUUGCCAGCAACGGCCUCAUUUUCACCAUUGCUGGCCGCGUCUUCACAAGGCUUGUCAUCGACCCAUCCACCAACACCACGACCAAAGUCGGUGUUGCCGAGGAGGAGCAAACAGACAUUCAGUGGAUUGGCGCUGUGCCAGCCCCAAACGGCAACGUCAUCGGCAUUCCAUUUUAUUCCCCAGCGGUAUUCAUUUUGGAUCCAUCCACCAACACCGUCGAUACAACGACCAUUUCUUACCUUGAUGCAUCAGGAGGCAAGUGGUGGGAUGGUGUUCUUGCCAACAACGGUCUCAUCUACGGCAUUCCACACAACACCGACACGGUCCUCGUCAUUGACCCGGGAUGCUGAGGCGCGGUGGUGCUGUUCUCUGUUUGACUGCUGCUGGGCCUCCAGUGUAUAAUGUUGUUUCUCUCUCUCUCUCUCUCUCUGUGUGUGUGUGUGUGUGUGUG